AUGUCGGAAAGGAAAGCGACAUCCAGACCAAGACAUAGCGGCGGAGGUGCUGCCGGUGGUUCCGAUAGUGGUUCCUCAUCACGUAACGUUCAUCCUCAGGCGCCAGGUUAUCGCACCGUUUUCUGUAACGAUCGCGAAGCCAACUAUCUCGCCAAAUACCUGGGAAAUGCGGUAUCAACAACGAAGUACAACCUUGUUACUUUUCUCCCAAAGGGGCUGUAUGAACAGUUCAGGCGGGUGGCUAACCUCUACUUUCUUACAAUCUCAUGUUUAUCAUUUACACCUGUUAGUCCUGUUAGUCCAGUCACAAAUGUAAUCCCACUAAGCAUUGUGCUUUUUGUCUCUCUUGUUAAGGAGGCUUUUGAAGAUUGGAAGCGGCUUCAAAAUGAUAUGACAAUAAACAAUUCUCCUGUUGACUUGAUGCAAGACAAAACAUGGGAAUCUGUACCCUGGAGGUCGCUGGAGGUUGGGGAUAUUGUUAAAGUGAAGCAAGAUGGGUUCUUUCCAGCAGAUUUAUUACUCCUUGCAUCUACAAAUCCUGAUGGCAUUUGCUAUAUUGAAACUGCAAAUCUGGAUGGUGAAACAAAUCUUAAAAUCAGGAAAGCUAUGGAGAAGACAUGGGACUAUGUGACACAAGAGAAAGCCUCAGAAUUCAAAGGCCAAAUACAAUGUGAACAACCAAAUAAUUCACUUUAUACCUUCACUGGUAAUUUGAUAGUCCAAAAACAAACUCUACCCCUUGGUCCAAAUCAAAUUGUUUUGAGAGGAUGCAGUCUACGCAAUACAGAAUACAUUGUUGGGGUUGUAGUAUUUACUGGACACGAGACUAAGGUAAUGAUGAACACCAUGAAUGUCCCUUCAAAAAGGAGUACACUUGAGAAGAAACUUGACAAAGUAAUCGCUACUCUUUUUGGUGUUCUCCUAACUCUGUGUAUCAUUGGUGCUAUAGGAAGUGCAUUAUUUGUGGAUGUGAGGUAUUAUUACCUACAGCUUCAAGUUAAUGUGGAAUCUGAACAGUUUAAUCCAGGAAACAGACUUGUGGUGUUUGUUCUAAGCAUCUUUACACUGAUUACUCUCUAUUCACCAAUCAUUCCAAUUUCCCUUUAUGUUUCUGUUGAGAUGAUCAAGUUUAUUCAGUCAACUAAGUUCAUAAACAAUGACUUGCAUAUGUAUCAUGUUGAAACCAACACUCCUGCAUUAGCAAGAACAUCGAAUCUGAAUGAAGAACUUGGGCAAGUUGAGUAUGUUUUCUCUGAUAAAACUGGAACUUUAACAAGAAAUUUAAUGGAGUUCUUCAAGUGUUCUGUUGGUGGAGAAACUUAUGGAAGUGGUGUUAGUGAAAUUGAAAUGGGAGUAGCUAGACAGAAUGCUGCAGACAUUGAAGAGGUUCAAAGACCAUCAAGUGCAACACGUGAUAAGGGGUUUAAUUUUGAUGAUGCUAGACUUAUGUCUGGUGCUUGGAGGAAUGAGCCUAAUGCUGAGAUGUGUAGGGAAUUUUUCAGAUGCCUUGCUAUAUGUCAUACUGUACUCCCGGAAGGUGAAGAGACACCCGAUAAACUUAAAUAUCAAGCUGCAUCACCUGAUGAAGCUGCUUUAGUUACUGCUGCAAAAAACUUUGGCUUCUUUUUCUAUAGGCGUACGCCUACAAUGGUGUAUGUUCGUGAAUCAAAUGUUGAGAAAAUGGGAAAUGUUCAAGAUGUUUCAUAUGAAAUCCUUAAUGUUCUUGAGUUUAACAGUACUAGAAAGAGGCAAUCUGUUGUAUGUCGUUACAAAAACGGGAGGCUUGUGUUGUAUUGCAAAGGGGCUGAUACUGUAAUUUACGAAAGAUUAGGGGCUGGAAGCGAUGAAAUUAAACAAAUUACGAGGGUGCAUAUGGAACAAUAUGGAGAAGCUGGAUUGCGAACUCUUUGUCUGGCUUAUAAAGAAUUAAGUGAAGACGUUUAUGAAAGUUGGAAUGAAAAAUUUAUCAAUGCAAAAUCUGCAUUACGGGAUCGUGAGAAGAAAUUGGACGAGGUGGCGGAAUUGAUUGAGACGGAUCUUAAUUUAAUUGGAUGCACUGCUAUAGAAGACAAGCUUCAAGAAGGGGUACCAUCAUGUAUAGAAACUCUUGCUAAAGCUGGAAUAAAGAUUUGGGUGCUUACAGGGGACAAAUUAGAAACAGCAAUAAAUAUAGCUUAUGCUUGCAAGUUGAUCAACAAUGAGAUGAAACAGUUUAUUAUCAGUUCAGAAACUGAUGAGAUCAGAGAUGCUGAAAACAGAGGUGACCCAGUGGAGAUCGCUCAGCUUAUAAAAGAGACAGUUCAAAACGAGUUACAAAAAAUACCAUGA